AUGAAACACUAUAGAGAUAAUACUGAUUCCAAUUCAGUAUUCAACCCUGAUACUAAUCAUGAGGAUAUUGAUACUAUUAGUAAUAAAAUAUUAAGUAAAGAUAAUAGCAGUGUAGACCUUAAUAGUGAUAUUAAUCAUUUUGAUACAGAUAGCAAUUCCAAUUAUUAUAAUAAGAAACCUAGUGCUAAAACCAAAUUGCGAAAGAACAGCAGUUAG